CCGGCGCUCGCUCCAUUCAUCGCGCACGGCAUGGCCGGGGGCGGCGGCGCGGAGCGGCCCGGGGCCGGGGGGCUCCUGCCGCCCGCGCUCCGCCAGCACCGCCGCAGGGAGAGCCGGGAGCGGCUGUCGGUGUGCAGCAAGCUGUGCUACGCCGUCGGGGGGGCUCCGUACCAGAUCACGGGCUGCGCGCUCGGCUUCUUCCUCCAGAUCUACCUGCUGGACGUGGCGCAGGUGGACGCUUUCUAUGCCUCCAUCAUCCUCUUUGUGGGGCGAGUGUGGGAUGCCAUCACGGACCCCAUGGUGGGGUUCUUCAUCAGCAAAACUCCCUGGACCCGCUUCGGCCGCCUGAUGCCCUGGAUCGUGUUCUCCACCCCUUUCGCCAUCAUCUCCUACUUCCUCAUCUGGCACGUGCCAGACAUCUCCACAGGACAAGUGAUGUGGUACCUUGUCUUCUACUGUGCCUUCCAGACCCUCGUGACGUGCUUCCACGUGCCUUACUCAGCCCUCACCAUGUUCAUCAGCAGGGAGCAGAGCGAGCGGGACUCGGCCACUGCCUACCGAAUGACUGUGGAAGUGCUGGGCACCGUGCUGGGCACUGCCAUCCAGGGCCAGAUCGUUGGCAAGGUGGACACUCCCUGCGUGGGGAGCCCCUUCUUCUUCGGCUUGACCAACUCCUCGGUGGCCAUGGAGGAGCUGAACAUGACCCACGACACCGGGGGGCUCACAGACACUAGAAAUGCCUACAUGAUCGCUGCUGGGGUCAUCGGAGGGCUCUACGUCCUCUGUGCCUUCAUCCUGGUGCUGGGCGUGAGGGAGAGGAGAGAGUCCUGUGAGCUGCAGUCGGACGAGCCUGUCUCCUUCUUCCAGGGGCUGAAGCUGGUGAUGAACCACAGGCCCUACAUCAAACUCAUCGCCGGCUUCCUCUUCACCUCGCUGGCCUUCAUGCUGCUGGAGGGAAACUUUGCCCUCUUCUGCACCUACACCCUGGGCUUCCGCAACGAGUUCCAGAACAUUCUGCUGGCCAUCAUGCUCUCGGCCACCCUGACCAUCCCCUUCUGGCAGUGGUUCCUGACGCGAUUUGGGAAGAAGAGUGCUGUCUACGUGGGCAUCUCAUCUGCCAUCCCCUUCCUCAUCCUCGUGGUUCUCCUGGACAGUAACCUCUUUGUCACCUACCUGGUGGCCGUCGCCGCUGGCAUCAGCGUGGCAGCUGCAUUCCUCCUGCCCUGGUCCAUGCUGCCUGAUGUCAUCGAUGACUUCAAGCUGCAGCACCCCAGCUCCCACGGCCACGAGGCCAUCUUCUUCUCCUUCUACGUCUUCUUCACCAAGUUCACAGCUGGGGUGUCCCUGGGCAUCUCCACGCUCAGCCUGGACUUUGCAGGCUACCAGACCAGGGGCUGCUCCCAGCCUGACCAGGUGCAUUUCACCCUGAAGAUGUUGGUGUCUGCCGUGCCCGUGGGGCUGAUCCUGCUCAGCCUGCUGCUCUUCAAGCUCUACCCCAUCGACGAGGAGAAGAGGAGCAAGAACAAGAAAGCCCUGCAGGAUUUAAGGGAGGAGAGCAACAGCAGCUCGGAGUCGGACAACACAGAACUGGCCAGCAUCGUGUGACCCGGGCUGGGGCUGGCUGCUCACCCUGGGGCUCCCCAGGGGCUCGUCCCCCCCAGGCUGGAGCAGCCAUGAGGAGCAUCCACUGCCUCCAACACGGGAUCUGUGCCUGUCCUGGGCCUUGCACAGGGUGCUGGAGGUGCUGGAGGAGCCGUGGGGAGCAUCCACUGCCUCCAACUCGGGAUCUGUGCCUGUCCUGUGCCUUGCAUGGGGAACUGGAGGUGCUGGGGGGACAUCCACUGCCCAGAAUUCAGGAUCUGUGCCUGGCACGGGGCCCUGGAGGUGCUGAAGGAGCAUCCACUGCCCAGAACUUGGGAUCUUUGCCCGUCCUGUGCCUUGCACAGGGCCCUGGAGGUGCUGGAGGAGCAUCCACUGCCCAGAACUUGGGAUCUGUGCCUUGCAUGGGGCCCUGGAGGUGCUGGAGGAGCCGUGGGGAGCAUCCACUGCCCAGAACUCGGGAUCUGUGCCCGUCCUGUGCCUUGCACGGGGCACACAGAGCACUGGUAGUGUACAUUACACACAUGGUGGUGCCUCCCCAGGGCGAAGCACUCUCCCUGCUGGGCUCUGGAGGGCAGGGAAGCCCAGCCUGGGAUGGUUUUGCCAGGAUCAGCCGUGCCUGGGGGUGAUUGUUAGUGUACAUUACACUGUGCCCAGGACUGAGCUCACCUCUGCUGUCUCUACAGAGGGCACGAAUGUGGGACCUGUGCUGUUUUUACACAGCCUAAUUAACUUAAUGAUGUAAAUAUAAAACUGCUUCCUGUUUGUAUAUAUCUGUACAGAGCCCAAACCCGAGGACCUGUUAAUAGUAAUUUACAUAAAAGUGGGGGAAGUCG